AUGAAUCCAACGCUUAGGAAAAGCAAUGGCGGGGCGUCUGCGGAUGAACCGAGCGCGGAGGGGGUGAGUCUUAGCAGUCAUACCAACGGUAAGAGCCACAGCGGUGGCUCGCGUCAUGGCCAUGGCGGUGGUGGCAACAUCAGAGGGUGCAGGAUGUGCCAUGGCGGCGGCGGAGGCGGCGGAAUGGCGUCUUCGGCAACGGCGAACGUGCCUCCGAUGCAGCAACAGCAGCCAAGAUUGGCGCCAUCACACCCACAAUGUCUGUCGCGUGUGUUCAUGGCGGGGGUUAGCGAGGAUGAAGGGCCUCCAACGGUGGUAGCUGUCAGCGAUAAUGCCAACCCCACAAACACCACUGGUAGAGUGGACAGCCUUAUGGAUGCGGCCGCAAAUGCGCAUGAUGGCCAAAAUGUCGUCUGUGAGAAUGAGGAUGCCAGUCAUGCUGCAAGUAUUAUUCCUAUGAAAUCAUCAACUGAUGCCGAUCCACAGCGCGGGGACGGGAGGAGGCGACGACGACAGUGGUGGUGGUGGCGACAGCAACAACGCCGGCGACGGAGGCGCAGUCAAAGUCGAAUGGAGCAACGCUUGCUAGUAAAUAAGUGUGAUGUGGGAAAUCAAGGGAAAUUUUAUCCUUGGCCGUAUCGAAGUACGCUUUACCUGAAUCCUCAUGUCCGUUGUGUGGAGAGUAGUGGAUUUUCGUACAAUCGAACCUUCAAGGAAUUACUACUAGCGCAGGAUGCGGAGCCGCCAGAGGCCGAUACACCUUGCUUGGGGCCCACCGCCGCGCCGUUAUGUGUACCGCAGCUCCCAGAACUCAAUUUGGCGACAGGUCUGGAAAGCGAGGAGGAUUCCGAGUUGAAUGCCGGCUGUGGCAAAGAGGGGUCGACAGCUAGUUCGCCGACGAUCACGUUCACACUGGAUGGUGUAGCGACACCCAAGACCUUCGCGGCAAUCAAACUACAAGGAAAGGACGUCGGAAACAUUUCGCUUCCUGCGUCGUGUUUAUUGGGAGGGGGCACCGAUGGGCGCCAAAUACGAUCAUCACUGAGACGACCACCGCCUGCCAUACGCAUAAAGGAGCCGCCACAUCAAAAAAUUCUUCGUAGUUACGUGAAUGGAUGCUUUUCUUUUUAUCAAACGGAGGAGGCCAAGCAGGAGUUCUUGGAAUUGUGUAGGGAGAUUUUGGCGCAGGCCCGGCCGAUUUUUGAGUCGGAGCCGCUGUUUCCACGUUUGGUAGCACCCACUUUUGUCUUUGGGGAUAUUCACGGCAACUUUGAGGAUCUUGCCUUUUUUCUUCGUAAUGUUCUUGUAUUUUCCGACCUGCAACUCACUCCCGCAAACAUCCUCUGCCUCGGGGACUACGUGGACCGUGGACCGUACUCACUCGAAUGUCUCAUUCUGUUGCUCUCACUGAAGAUCAGUCAUCCGUCGAAGGUGGUGAUGCUUCGUGGCAAUCAUGAGGAUCGUGUGGUAUGUGGCGACCUGUUAACCUAUGGAUCCACUUCUUUUCUUGCACAAUGUGAGGCGUUAUACGGCGUGGAUGAGGGGCGGAAAUUGUUCAAGGAAUUGACGGCUCUUUUUCGCCACUUCCCUCUUGCUGCAGAACUCAUCAUUCCUGCAGUAGCAAACAACGGUGGCAACAACAGUAAUACUACCAGUAGUAGUAAUAAUAAUAAUAACAAUAAUAAUAAUCAUAAUCAUCAUUAUCAUAAUAAUAACACCAAUUCUCCCGGUGAUUUGGCUGCAGCUUCCGUUUCAAGGUCAUUGGCACCACAGGGUCGACGGAGGACCCAUGAGGAGCGCGUGUUGUGUACCCACGGUGGUAUCCCGCGCUUUUUUUCCCCGCCUAAGGAGGAUGACAGCCUUGCGUUUCUGCGACACGAGGACUUUCCGCGCAUGUUGACUUUGUUCCCCAAUAAUCCCUUUGUGAGGGAUGAUCCGGAGGCCCAGGUGGAGCUGCUAGGGGCCGUGGGACAGACAGGUGUCUCGCAUGCGUCAUCAACGACUGCUAUAAGCGAAGCGAUGUUGCGUAAAGCAUGGUUCGUUGCAUUUGAUCUUAUGUGGUCUGACCCCACAAUCCAUGACCCCGGCGAUGAUGAUAAUGAGUCCUCUGCAACUGCCUUGUCUGGAAACGGCCAUGCAUCUAUCAAUGAGUGGGGUUUUGGUGUGAACAAGCGCGGGAGUAAUGUGCUCACGUUCUCUGCCAAGGCCUUAGAGACCUUUUUGCAGGCCCACCAGUACAGCAUGUUGUUCCGCGCCCAUCAAGAGAAGGCGCAUGGGCUGCGUCUUAGCAAGAGCACCAAGGUAUUGACCAUCUUUAGCAGCUCCAACUACCUUGGGCACGGCAACGGUGCGGGGUGUGUGCUGGUGACUGCCGAUGGUGAAAUUCAGCUUGUCGAGAAGCUGAGUGAGUGA